AUGGAAACAUCAGCAACUCCGCAUCCUCCCUCGCUCCCAUCAACCCCAAAUCGACGCUCGCCGCUCGACGGAUACAACUCCCGACGACCCGUCCCGAAAAUGGCGCAGGGCGCGAUAAAACAGUCGGCCAAGGCGAAAGCCGCCAAGGCGACGCACUCCAAGAAACAAGCCUCCAAAGUCGGCAAGAAAAAGACCAAGCCGAGCGUCGACAAGGCGCACAAGAAAUUCACGGCGGGGUUGACGGCCAAGACGGAGGCGCUGCUGGGCGAGAGGGCGGGACACCUGGAGCUGAUUGGCAAGGGGAACAAGGGCAAGGACAAGAAGGCGACGAUUUCCAAGGGCGGCUCCAAAAAGUUUGGCUGA